AUGUCGAACACAAGUCGAAGAAGACCGAAAAAUGGGUACGUUGAGGUGAAAGGAGAGCUGUCCAAAAUAAGACUGGAUAUGCUGGCGUUAGGCGGAAAGCUGAACACGGUUGAGAAAGACAAGGAAAACCUUCGCUGCAUCAACCAUGCACUGCUUGAAAAGAUCAAAGAAGAAGCAGACAAGGACUAUCCAUUCAAGAUAUUUCUGCUGAAGAAAGAUCUCAUGAUGGAGCGUGAGAGAUCCACACUUACGAAACAAAAAUUGGUCGAGAACCAGAUCCUUACAAUACUGAUUCAAGAAUACUUUGGGAUAUCCAUUGAAGAAGAUGGAAGCAAAACUCCAUUGAAAAGAGAGACUGUUGUGAACAUCCUUAAGCUUGUUAAGAACAAAUGUGAUGAAGAAAAAGAACUGCUCCGAUUGAAAAUUGAGGACUAUCUUGAGCGUGAACUUGUACUUAAUGAAGAAGUGAAAUCAUUGAAAGAAGAAAAUCGAAAAUUAAGAGAAGAAAAGAUGGCGGAAUCGCUGAGUAGUCAAGCGAUUAUUGACUCUUUGGAGGAGCUAGUUCAAGAUCAGGAAGAGGAUCAUGAAAUUAUGGUGCAGAAACUACAAAAUAUGGUAAGAAGAAUUUGAUGUUAAGUUGUUAGAACUUCUCAUGUCUUUGAUGCUUGAUGAUAGACUAAAGUAGGAUGUUUUCUGAGUUUGCAAGUUAUACAAUCAGCUGAAAGAAAAAGAUAACUGGUUGAUAUCCCAUUUAAAUUUGGUUAAAGCAAAUGAAUUUCUUUACAGCUGAGCAUCGCCAGAGAGCAAGAAGCAGCACAAAGUGGACAAAUUUGUGAAGUGAAGCAGCAAGCUUUGUCCGCCAAUGAAAAACUUUCGGAAAGCAAUGGAAAAAUUACCAGGCUUGAAAAGGAAAAGGCUGAACUGGAAAUGAAAGCCAAAGAAGUCAAGGGGAAAGUAAUGAUGCUUGAGGAAGAUGUUUCUAACAAUUUGGCAAAAUUGAAGGAACUGUCCAACGAAGUGGCAGAAUGGAGAACAAGAGCUGAAGAAUCUGGGGAUAGAUGUCUUUCAAUAACAAAGAUGGUAAGCACACAUUACAACGUAUGGCUACUUAAGCAAAGAUUGUCACAGUUGUUUUUGAAUUUGACAAAACAAAUAAGUGGAAAUGCUUUGAGGCAAUACCUUAAUUUCUUAUGCCCCAAAAUAGAAAAUUGUUUCUUUCAUAUACACAAAUAUCAAACAAGGGAAAAAAGAUUUCUCGGGUUAGAUUUGAGUAAAGAAUACUCAAGAUAAGCGUUGGUUAAAGCAAGUUACAUUUGUGAUAUGAUGAGAAACCAAGAUAUGCCAGGAAAAACAUUAGGACAUGUUCCGUUGGCAAUCAAAUGUAUGUUCACCUUCAUUGGUACAAAUUCCAAAAGAAUUCAGCAGAUUACAUAAGAACAAGUAUCGAGUAUCGAUAUCGAUACACAUUUUAGAUUAAGUGCCAACUGCAACGCUCUGUCAUGGCCUUAAUUUUGUCCAAAUACAAUAUAUAGCAGUUGUUAAUUUUGCAACUAAUUCUUAGCUUUUAGAGACGGAGCAACAAGAGAAACUAAUCAUGCUACAGCUAUCCGAGAAAGAACACAGAGCUGAAAAGCUGCAGCAAGCGACAGUUCUUCUAGAGAAUGAGGUCGAAAGCACCAAACAACAGCUCAGGGCGACUCAGCAGAGCCUUAAAGAGGCAGGCGAUAACUACAAAGAAGCAUCCUCAAAUUUGAUGGAAAUGACUUCAGAAAUGAGCUGUUGGAAGAAACAAGCUGAAGACUUAGAGUCGAAGCUAUCGGUCAUGGAAGGAAACGUAAGUUGAGUUAUAGCUUGUUGACUGGAUAUGAACACCUUUGUUUUUCUUAUAAAUGCAUAGUCUCCAGCCAACUUAUUGAACUAUUGUAGGAAAUACCUUCUUAAAAACCAGCGUAUACAUUGGCGUAGCAAAUUUAAAACAUAGAGUAUUGAAAAA